AUGUCUUGCCUGCGUUUGUUUCUCCUGCUUUCAUCAUCUUGGGCUUUGCGUCUCGAGUCCGGAACAAUCACCCUCAUCUUGAUGGCAUCCUCGGGAUACUACCCCUCUUCUGGCUUGAGCCCACGCUAUCAUAGGUGUCUUCUAGAAUCUUCAUUGUCAAAUCUUUGGGUCAUGGAUGCGCUUAACUCGUGCAGCCCUUUUUCUAUCCUCUAUGUGGACGGAGUGGAGAUGGUGGAUUUGGUAGAGAUAUAUGGAUAUGGCGACCCUAGUAGCGCACACAUUGCCCAACGACUGCCAGAUGCCGCUUAUACUUCAGCAGACUACUCUAAUACUCGCUUAUUAUUGGAUCUAACGGCAUCUAUGGAUGUACUGCCAUGGGAGAUAUGUAUAGCCUUGACAUUCAGCGAUGGACCGCUCAUCUAUUCAUGCUAUAUCCUAGAUAUUUCAGACAAGUGCGACGACGCAAAAGAGACACUCUUCAUCACUGGUAUGACCAGUGGCAAGAAGCAGCCCCCUGACAUCGAUAACACUCCGAUUCGCCUUAGGCAAGAAGUGGUGCAAUUGAGAGGAAGGCAAUUGAUACAGUUGGAAAUGGUGCAAUCAAAAGGGGAGCCAUUGAAAGUAGAGCAGUUGAGAAAAGAGUUAUUGGAAGAGGAGCAAUCGGUGGAGGAACAAUCGAUACAAGGGGAGUACGUGCAAUGGGAGGAGGUGCAAGUGGUACAUUUGGAAUUGGAGCAAUUGGAGAAGCAACUGUCACAGUUUGGAGAACAGGAAGGCUUUCCGACUAGCCCUGGAAUAGAUCCCCUCUUCAGACUUAACAGCCACGAAUCACUGACGUAUGGCCGUACCGAGUCUCGACCGGCAACAAGGAAAACAAGAGCUCGUCUCUCCCUUGGCCAGAUUUCUCCAUACUGGGACGGCGAUCGUGGCGCGAUGUGCCGAGAGCAUAAAACCCCCCCAAGUGGCGUGGCGCGCGCGGGGGCUGUCGACUCCACAGAGAUCCAGGCGCGGCCUGGAUUCGACUUCGGAUUGGCUCCAGCAGAGUUUCGAGGUCUGUCUAUACUUAGUACCGGUACUACAACUUUGCGUGUUGGCAGCCAGCCAGGCGCGCCACUCUUUGGCGCGUUUACGAAGUCUGCGGGCCGUAUGAUGAGCCGGCUGACUAACGCUUUCUCUCACCUGACUCGUGAAUUAUUCAAGGUCUGUGAAGAUCAAGAUCAGAUGCAGGACAUCGAAACUACUCCAGCUCAAGGAAGAGAAGUUAUCGGCUAUCGAACAGUUGCCGAAAAGCCCGGCAGAUUGAUACGAACAAUAACCAUAGACAUACGUAGUAGUCGAUGGGAUACAGCUGGCCGAAACAAUCAAUUAGGAAAUGGCUUAUAUCUGUAUUCUGUUGAGGUAUUCGGACGAUGUAGUAAAGGGGGGGGUUGGGAGACUUAUGGAGAUCCUGGAGAACCGAGCGAGAAUGAGAUCGAGGAUGAUGACACCAGCACGCAAACUCUCGUGUUCGUUAUACUUUAUGAGCUGGUGGCAUGUGCACUUUCUCGUAAGCAACAAAUUCGAGUCCUCGUAUAUCGAUCAGAAAUGAAGCAACAGCAGCCGAUAGCCGGUAGCCGAUCUGCAUUAUUUACUCCAGCAGACUCCAAUCCCAAUGCCAAUGCCAAUGCCAAUGCCAAUCCCAAAUCCAAUCCCAAAUCCAAUCCUGGCACAAAUCAAUCGAUCGGCCCAGGGGGAACUUUGGCUGAUGGCUGUUGCCUGUCCAAUGCUGUGGCUGAAAGAUAA